AUGUUAGGAUUAUCACAUCGUCCGCUACUGACCAAGCUGCUCUGUCCAGGAAUACGUUACGCAUGGACCGGCUCGACAGGAAAAGUUAACAGUUUGGAGCAGAGCAAACGCGGCGACACGACAAAUCCUAUGACAAGGGGCUCAACCAGCGGUUUGAAGGAAAAAGAAGAGGAGGCUCAAAAUGGAUCCGACAAAUCCAAGAGUCAGGCCAUAACGGAGCAAAAUCACGAAAACUCAACCAAGAAGACGAAGAAGGAGUUUCCUGAGGCUCCAGAUCCAAUUAUUGGAAUGACGGAUGAAAGGGGCAAGGUAGUUUUGAAGGUGCUUGAGAAGAAUGCUACCUAG